AUGAUUCCCGGCAUCCGCCUGCUGCCCCUCGGCCUCGGCCGUGGCUACGCCACCACCCAACGGCCAGCAUCCCGGCUCAAGCCAACCAUAAGCCUAGAUCACUUCCUCCAACGAUCCAGAGCCCUGUCCUUGUACCGCACCAUCUGGCGAGGCACGAGACGCAUCUCUGACCCUCGAACAAGAGCCGAAUCCCGCAAAUACGCCCGUGAUGAAUUCGAGCGUCAUCGCCACGUUCAAGAUAUCUCUCACAUAAGAUACCUCCUCUCAACAGGCAAAACCGAAUGGGAAAGCAUGGAGAGGUAUAUCGGGGGUAUGUAA